AACUCUUACCUGAUAGCAAAUAACCACCAAUUUUCUGAUAAAAACGUUUUCUUCUUUUGCUUCACCCACUUAUCGACAUUUUAAUACUCUAUUAUUACACAAUAGUGUACACAAAUAAUUUGACGCAUUUGAAUUUUUAAAAUGCAUGUCAGAAGUCGUACAGUUUUUGGAAUUGGAGUAUGCAUACUUGCUUUUCUGUUAAAUGGAUCGGAUGCCUCAAUUGUUCGAAAAGCGAAACUAGUGAGAGUGAUCAGAGAUGGAACACCAUUUGAAAGAUACACUGAAAAAGGAAAAGUUAUUCCAGCACUUCCGACCGAUGAGGAAGAAGUUGAAGACUUAAAUGAUCCGAGAAUUGGGCAUCUUGAUAAAGAUGGAGGACUUUCAGUUCCCGUCGAUGAAAAUGGACGUGUUUUAAAAGAAUUCGAAUAUCUCAUGCAACCUAUCACAAUUGAAAUCGAUAUUGAUGAAAAAGAAUCAAAGAAAACACCAGAAGAUGAUACUUACAACAUUCCGAAUGCACCACAAAAUGGAGAGCAACAAGAUUACAAGCCUUACCCAAAUAAUCAAGAUUUAUCACCAAAAGCUGAGUUUUUACCAGAAGGACAAGAAACUGCCGGGGAAGAAUAUGAUGACGUUGAAAAGGAACCAAAUGAAUCAGUUCCCGAUGUUCCUGGAUUGCCAAAACUUGAUUAUACGGAUUCUGGUGAGUCUGAUGAAGACUUGAAGACUGAUGAUGCAGUGGAUGAUGGAGAAACAAAUGUCGAUGGAGGCGAUGAAGAGCUCAAGAGAACAGAUAUUGAGGUCAUUAUACCAAGUAGCAAGAUAGAAUUGGCAAUUUCAAGAGACGAAGUUGAUGAAAGCAAUAAAUCAGCAGAUGAAGUUGAAAAAGAAGUUCAAACUGGAAAUCAAGAUGAUGGGAAUAGUGAACAAUCUUCUGAUUUACCAAAGAAUCGAGAUCGUAUCGAUACUGAUUCGGCUGUGGAAGAAGUUGGUGAGCCAGAGAAGAAUAAUGACAAUGUGGAAGAAGUGAACGAAAGUGGGAACGUAAUUUUAGAUGAGGAUGAAAACAUCGAAGACAACGUCGAGUUAGCAAGAGAUUUUGGAAAAGCAAUUUAUGAGAAUGUUAUGAUAAAGGCUAAGGAGAUUGAUGAAAUUGAAACAGAAUCCGAAGUUCAAGAUUCCGACGUAGGAGAUGUAGAUCCAAAUGCCAUCAAUGUCGAAUCAGAAAUUGCUGAUUCUCCAGAAGAGAGUGUAGUUGACGCAGACAAUUUGGACGGUGUUGUUCUUCCUGAUCAGACCCUUACUGAUGAGGAGAUAGCAAAGAUCGCUGAUGAGAGUUUGAAGCCAAUUCAACCAGCAGACCCUGAAACUCCAUCCAAACCAGUCGUUCGAGGUGGGCGAAUAGGAAGUGGAGUUCAACCGGAUUCUGCAACACAACACAACAUUCUUCUUCAAUUUAUCACAAUUUCUCUAAUUUUAUUGUUUGUCUAAUUACUAUGUCCCUAAAAAUUCUUGUCAGCUCAGUUCCCAUAUCACAUUUUGUACGCAAUUACAUUUGAUUUGAAGCUGUUUUUCAUUUUCAAAUCUAUAAAUAAAAAUAAUAUUAUAACCGUCAUGUUCCACAAACCUAUUGUAGAUUUAAUUUUAACUUCUUGUUGUAAACCUCUCAAAUAUCAGGUUGUCCCAUAAGUUUUUGUACUAUUUUUUUUUGAAAAAAAUUUAUUUC